ACACUUUGUUCUGUCACAUCACCCCCGACUUUUUCGUUUCCCCUUGCGCGAGUGCUUACAAGAAAUCCGACCGAAAAACCUCUCGAACUUGUCGUUUUCGGUUCCGCGCGUAAGAAUGUCCGGCUUGAUGCGGUUGAACGGUGGCCAAGGGUCGCUGCUGGUGCGGGCUCUGUUCCAGCAGGCGGCCGGUCGCAACGCGCGCCUCAUUUCGUCCUCCCAGAAGAACCGCGACGCGGCCACGAUCGACGUGAGCAAAAAAGCUGCCGCGAAACCCGCCGAACCUGCGGCCAAAGCCGCUGCCUCUAGCAAGAACUGGGUCAGCUACGGAUUCGACACCAAGAACGAGGCGGACGACAAGAAUGCGAUGCACGCGUCGUUCUUCUUCUCCGUGACCCUUUGCCUGGUGUUUGGAACGUUCUACUGGGCGUACCUGCCGGACACGCAGCUCCAGGAUUGGUCCCAACGGGAGGCUUACUUGGAGCUGAGAAGACGUGAGGCGGCCGGCCUCGAACCCAUCAGCAAGGAUUACAUCGAUCCGGCCCUGAUGGUGCUGCCGUCGGACGAGGAGCUGGGCGACACCGAAAUCGUUAUCUAAGAAGCGGUCCGCGCGCGGAAGAGCAGAGGACUUUUUGUUAUGUAAUCCCGCAUCGAAAGGUAAAAUAAGUUUGAACCGUGCUUAUUUGUGUGUACAAAAGGAAAGAUGAUCAGCUAACAAGUCAGCUAAAGUUUACCCUCACGGGAUGAUGGCACCGGCGGAACAUCCGAAGAUCACGGUGCAAAAACGAUUCGUUCAAUAAAGAUUAGGAUUUUCAAAUGAGGUAAA